AUGUUGAGAUCAGCAAAGAUUCUGAAGCUCCAGUCUGUUGCCAAAAGAUGGUUGGCAUCCUCUUCUGCGGCUGCUCCAGCCUACAAAACAACCAUUCUUCCAAACGGAUUGACGGUGGCCAGUGAGUUCAUGCCCGGAACCAAAACUGCCACAGUUGGAAUGUGGAUUAACGCUGGCUCUAGAGCCGACAACCCAGCAAGCAGCGGCACUGCUCACUUUUUGGAGCAUUUGGCUUUCAAAGGGACUUCCAAGAGAAGCCAGUACAGUCUAGAGCUUGAGAUUGAGGAUUUGGGCUCCCAGAUCAAUGCCUACACCUCCAGAGAGAAUACUGUCUACUACACCAAGUGCUUGGCACACGACUUGGAGCAGAACGUGGAUAUCUUGAGUGACUUGUUGACCAAAUCUAAGCUCGAACCCUCGGCCAUCGAGAAAGAAAGAGCCGUCAUCUUGCAAGAGAGUGAUGAGGUGGACAAGAUGUUUGAUGAGGUUGUGUUUGACCACCUCCACGAGAUUACCUUCAAGGGCCAGGACUUGGGAAGAACCAUUUUAGGACCCAGAGAGAAGAUCAGAACCAUCGACAGAGACGACUUGGUCAAUUACAUCAAGACUAACUAUAAGGGAGACAGAAUGGCUCUUAUUGGAGUGGGAUGUGUCAACCACGACGAGUUGGUCAAGAACGCAGAAAAAUAUUUUGGCCAUAUCACUGCCAGCCCUGUUCCUUUCAAGCAGCACGGCGACGAUAUGCCUAUUUUCUAUGGUUCAGAAAGACGUAUCCAGGAUGACUCCUUACCAAUUACUCAUGUGGCCAUGGCCGUAGAAGGAGUCAGCUGGUCAGCACCAGACUUUUUCACCUCCUCAGUUGCAAACGGAAUAAUUGGAUCCUGGGACAGAUCCAUCGGUAUCGGUUCAGAUUCUCCAUCUCCUUUGACCGUUACAGCAGCCAUGGGUGGCCCAGGCAACCAGCCAAUUGCAAACUCUUACAUGGCAUACACUACGUCGUAUGCUGAUACUGGCUUGAUGGGUGUGUAUUUCACUGCUGAUAGUGACACGAAUAUGUCACUCUUUGUCAAUGCUGUGAUGAAGGAGUGGGCCAGAUUAAAGUCUGGAAAUAUCACCGAGGAAGAAGUUGAAAGAUCCAAAGCCCAACUUAAGGCUUCGUUGGUUUUGGCACUAGACGACUCCACUGCCAUUGCAGAGGAUAUUGGUAGGCAAUUGGUCAACACUGGCUACCGUCUUUCUCCGGAGGAUGUUUUCCAAAGAGUGGAGAGUAUAACCAGACAAGAUGUGAUCAACUGGGCAAACUACAGACUCAAGGAUAAGCCAAUCGCCAUUUGUGCGUUGGGAAACUGUAAGACAAUUCCAGCAUACAAGGAUUUGGUGAAGGGCAUGUCAUGGUAG